AUGCUCUCUCUGCGCUCCUCCUUUGGCCUUGGCUCCUUGCUUUCACUUGCUCCAAAAAGAUGCUCUUCCGCUGCUGCUGCUGUGCAAUCACUGAUUACAAAGGAACUUGAUGGUAUUAAAGCAGCUGGAACGUGGAAAACAGAGCGGGUUAUCAUUAGUCCACAGGCUGCUGAUGUUUCUGUUGAAGGAAUAAAAGGUGGCGUCAUCAACUUCUGUGCCAACAACUAUCUCGGUCUUGCUAGCCAUCCUCGUGUGGUCGAAACUGCCAUGGAAUGUCUCAAAACACAUGGUGCAGGAAUGAGCUCUGUUCGUUUUAUCUGCGGAACCACCGAUAUCCAUAAAAAACUGGAGCAGAAAAUAGCCCAUUUUCACGGUCGCGAAGACAGCAUUCUAUUCCCAAGCUGCUUCGAUGCCAAUGCAGCUAUCUUUGAAACUCUUCUCACUCCUGAGGACUGUGUUAUAUCUGACGAGCUGAACCACGCAUCAAUCAUCGACGGCAUUCGUUUGUGUCGUGCUAAGCGCUUUAGAUAUCUUCAUGGUGAUAUGAAAGAUCUCGAACGCUGUCUUGAGGAGGCUAAAGAUUGUCGCGUCAAAUUGAUCGCUACCGAUGGUGUGUUUAGCAUGGACGGAGACAUCGCUAAACUGCCAGAAAUUCUGGAGUUGGCAGAGAAGCAUAACGCCAUCACGUUUAUUGAUGAAUGCCAUGCUACUGGCUUCUUUGGAGCAACAGGUCGUGGAACUGAGGAGUACUAUGGCGUACAAGGCAAAGUAACCAUAAUAAACUCAACCCUGGGCAAGGCCAUGGGUGGCGCUUCUGGUGGCUAUACUACAGGCUCAAAGGAGCUUGUCACCCUUCUUCGUCAGCGUGGUCGCCCCUAUCUCUUCUCCAACAGCCUUCCACCUGCUGUCGUUGGUGCAGCCAUGGGAGCCUUCGACCUUCUCACCGAAAGCUCUAGUCUGCCUCAAAAAUUGCACGCCAAUGUCAAGCUCUUCCGCGAUACAAUGACCCAACGCGGUUUUAAGCUUUCUGGUGAUUAUUGCCACCCCAUUGCCCCGGUGAUGCUCGGAGAUGCUCGUUUGGCUGCUCAGUUCGCCGAUGCAAUGCUGCAGCAUGGGAUAUACGUGAUCGGCUUCAGCUAUCCAGUUGUACCCAAGGGUAAGGCUCGUAUACGUGUCCAGAUCUCCGCGGCCCACAGUCAAGAUCAAAUAAAGAAGGCCAUUGAUGCGUUUACGGCUGUUGGAAGGAAGCUCAAUGUCAUUCAGUAG